AUGCCGCUACUGAGUGUGUCGUGCCGCGUCCUGGCGCUCACGGCCCUGGCCCUGCAAGUGUUGCUCACGGCUUUCUACACCAGCGACCUCGUGUCUAGCCUGGCCGCAGGCCCGCCGCCGCCCUCGGUGACCUCGCUUCAGGACGUAUACAAGGACCAAUCAUUCAAGAUCGGCUACACUGCAGGCACUGCACUUCAACUGCAUAUAAGUGGCUCGAAAGAUUUUGUGGUGCAGAGGAUCUGGCAAAGGAUCGUGGACGACAACUUCCAGUCUCUUACAAAGGACUUUGCAGACGGGAUACAGAGAGUGUUGAGCGAGCGCUACCUUUACAUGGGGUACGGUCUUUCUAUGAGGUACACCUACGGGCACGACUGCCGCAUUUACACGCUGCCAGCAACUUACUUCCAAACGCAAGUCUCCUUCAUGAUGAAAAAGAAUUCUCCUCUUAUUCCAAUUCUAAACAAAAUAAAGGAGAUUGGAAGGUACAAUGUUAAGACGCCCUAUGUGCCUACGAUACUAGACAUCAAAUCUACCGGACUCAUGGAGAAGUGGUGGCGAAAGUGGCACAGCGAAGCAGGAGGAAGAUGUGGUCCCCUCCAGAACGAGCCCAUUGGGGCGCAGGUCGUGCUCGGACCAUUCUUCCUCUUGGCUCUGUCUGCGGGUCUGUCGGUCAUCAUUCUGGCCAUUGAAAGGCACAAGAGCAGAUGA